AUGUCUACAUUCGUCGAUGUCGGCUUUUCAGAUUAUGAUUUUCCCGUCACGGCCAAAAGUCUACCACCUGAUUUGAACCCUAAGGCGCGGUCUGAUUUUAUCAAGAACCAAACGGCGGUCCUGACUAAAUCACUAAACCUGGAGAAGCGAGAGGGUGGCCAACACUGCUUCUUCGAAAAGGAUGAAUAUCUGCCGCUUCAAGGUGAAGGCAUCUUGGGGGUGGGUGGCUUUGGCCAAGUAGACAAGGUUCUCAGUCUGAUCAGCUUCAAGAAAUAUGCAAGAAAAAGGGUGCUCAGAACUACAGCAUUCGGCGGUAGAAAUGCCCCAGCUCAAAGAGCCUUCAUAAAAGAGAUUGAAAUUCUCAAGCGUCUGAAACACUGGCACAUUGUCGAGUUUGUAGGCAGCUACACUGAUCACAAGUAUAUCGCAGUCCUCAUGGAGCCAAUCGCAGAUAUGGAUCUCGCAACAUACCUGCAGCAUACAGACAAAGCAAAGCAUCGCGAACUCCGCACCUUUUUCGGUUGUCUAUCACGAGCGCUCGAAUUUCUGCAUCAGCAGAGCAUCCGCCACAAGGAUAUCAAGCCGCGAAACAUACUCUAUGAAGCUGGUCGCGGAGUCUUGCUUACGGAUUUCGGCUUGGCUCUCGAUUUCACAGAAGCCAGCCGCAGUACAACCAUGGGUAUGGUCGACGGGAUGACACCCAAGUAUUGCGCACCAGAGGUCGCUGCCGAAGAGCCUCGAAGUACCUCUUCCGAUAUAUACAGCCUAGGCAUUGUAUUCCUCGAGAUGAUUGUCGUGCUCAAAGAUCAACCGAUCGAAUACCUUCAGACAUACUUCGAGACACACGGCUCCAAUAAUCGGCUCGUUCGCAAAAACGACGAGGCACUCGAAAGCCUUCUGACCGAAUUUGAGAAUACUGCAGUGACCUCUGAUAACCGGGUGUUGAAGUGGAUUAAACAAAUGCUGCAGCAGAAUCAGAAGCUGCGGCCUACGGCUGCUUCGCUGUCGGAAGGGUGUACGCUACCUGAUGAGAAUGGUAUCAGACACUUCAUCGGUAUCUGCUGUUCAUCGCCAGACGACAGCUUCUCUGAGGCUUCUGAUGACUAUCAAGAUGAUGGUUUUGAUCCGCUAUGA